AUGGCCUCGACGUCCGAUAGCAGCACCCUGGCAACGCUGGUUGGCAGUGCUGUAGCGGAGCAGCUCAUAACGGCACAUGUAUCCCAUCUCGUGUCUCCUUCAGAAGGGUCAGCUUCAGCUGCAUCGACACAACAUCCGUCUUCAGAACUCCUCGCCAUAGGCUUGGCCGCUCUCGACGCCUUCCUCCAAGCAACGGUUACUGGUCCUGUUCUGCCACCAAGCGAGUCAGCUUCCGUUGAGAAGCUCUUUGUUAGUGCUUGGAACACAAGUCGCUCAGAAUCUAAUGACUCUGUCGUCGCGCUGCACCAACUGAGAAGGGCCUGCUUAAAGUACCUCGAAGUUGAUGGCGUUGUUCCGUAUGCUUACAUUCCUCACUUGGAGCUCUUCUCUCUCGCUAGAUACAUUCUCGUCCAGUCCCUAACAGCCGAGACAAAAGACGUAUUUGAGCUACCUUCAACUGAAGGAGCUUCAACAAAACGAAGCCUGGCUUGGGAGAAGUUACGUGUCAACGUCUGGCAUUAUAAAAUCAUCACUCAGCCAAGCUUGGGCUCUGGAUCAAAUUUCACGAAAAGUUCACAGUGGAGCGAUAUUCCUACACUAGCAACCCAAAUCAGCAACCAAAUAGAUGCUGUACGAGGAAGCAUUAUCGGUAGUGAGGUCUGGGCGACGGAAGAGACCUGGACUCGCGAUGAGAAAGCGUUGUUCCUUGUCGAGGCUGCCAACAACUACAUUCUGCUUGGACGCUACGACAAGGCAAAGGAGACGCUGAGUGAAGCGGCAAAGGUCACUGGCGUUGCUUAUGCACUAUCCGGUGCACUGGGAAAGAGGACCAGGUUCCAAGAGCACAACAUCAGCCAGCUGGUUGUUUUUGCACGAAGCGCUUCCGAACAAGAUACUGCUAUUCUAGAAGAGACUAAGGAUGAGGACGACCAAGCAGCUGCCAAGCCAGACUCUCUCAAGCUCAACAACGAUACCCUACUAGAAGAGAUUAAGUUUGCAAGCGAGCGCGUAAAGGACACGGCAGCAGCUGAGACUUUGCCGCCGGCGCUAUCCGAGCUGUCACCGGAUGACCAGCCACAGCUUUCUGCCCUUGACGAGAUUAUUCUUCUUACCGAGGCCACUAUCAAGGAUGCCUUUUCUCCUAUGGAUGAACUCACAUCCGAACAGAUCCUACCUUAUGCUGUCCGCGUCCUAACUGAUAAAUCCGUCAACUGGCAGAUUUACACACAAGCCCUGCUCGUGCGUUCAAGAGUAGAAAUCCACAGGAGCAGGACAGUCGAACGUGGUGUCCUCCAGCUGCAGGCUGUUGCCGAUCAAGUCCUCACCGACACUACCUUUUCCGCUCCGGCAAGCCACGAAUCUCAAGACAUAGACGAAUCAGACGUCGUCCCUUCUAUUCAGGUCACCGCCCCAGGCCAAUCUGCCGCCCCUGUUGAUGAAUCCAAGCCUACUACUUUCCUCCCCGCCGCAACAAACUCAGAGUCCGCACCCGCUCCUGUUCGUCUUCGUUACAUCCACGCUCUAUCGACCCCUCCACGAUGGCAUCUCGAGUCUGAGCUUGCCUACGCCUGGGCUGGCAUCGGCUCCAUGACAUCUGCCCUUGAGAUCUUCAAGCGCCUGAAACUAUGGGCGGAAGUAGCCCUCUGCUACGCCAGCAGCGCAGCUACCGAGGACGAAGAUGGCCGAGGCAGUGGCGGAGAAGCCAAGGCCAAGGGAAUCAUUCGUUGGAGACUUUUCAACAAGACCGGAGUUACCACGCCUUCUUCAUCAGAGCCAGAGGAUGAAAUCGUUGGCCAAGACGUCAGUCUUCUCAAAGCAGCUGAUUAUUCGGGUGUGGAGCGACAACCUCCCCCUCCCAACGCUGCUCGCCUGUGGUGCAUCCUAGGAGACAUCGAAAGCGAUCCGGCCCAUUACGAGCGUGCGUGGGAGAUCUCCAAGCACCGCUACUCUCGUGCCCAGCGAUCCCUGGGAGAGUACUACAUCGGCCAGAAAGACCUAACAAAGGCUCUGGAAGCAUACAAAAAGGCCACCAGCGUCAAUAGACUAAGUCCCGACAUGUGGAGUCGUCUUGGUGAUAUCAGCUUGCGCAUGGGACAGUUCGAAGACGCGGCAGAGGCAUACAGCCGGUCCAUCAGCAGCGCAAACGACACCGAGGGGGGUGAAGGUGCCAAAACAUGGAGCAACCUCGGCAGCGCCCUGUACAGCUUAUACAGCGAGCUGACUGCUCCUGGAAAGGCCAAAGACGCCGACGAGGCUCCUCCUGCUCCAAAAGCCCCUCUUGACGACGAGGACGACGACAUUGCCAUUGCAGGCUCAGAGGAGAAAAUCGCCUCUCGAGAUCCCAACAAGCUCCUUGCCCAGUCACUCGCCGCCUACAAGCAGGGCGCUUCCAUAGCACACGACAACUGGCGCAUCUGGGACAAUGUCAUCACCCUCGGCUCCCGCAUCUACCCCGUCCCCGCCACAGACAUCAUCCUCGCCAUGACGCACAUCAUCCGCAUCCGCAAAACAGAAGACGCCCUCGACGUCGACAUCCUCUCCGCCCUCCUCCAAGACACCGUCUUAUCAAAGGAAAAACCCUCCACCAGCAGCAACGGCGUCUACGAACCCCCCCGCGGCUCCGUCGAGCGCCUCCUCAUGCGUCUCAUCGAAGAGGAAAUCGUCCCCCUCAUCACCAACCGUUCCGACCUCUGGACGCUCGUUUCGCGCCUGCGUGCCUGGCGGCGCGACUAUGCCGGAUCCAUUGACGCCUCGGAGCGAGCCUGGCGCGCGGCCGUCGGCGCCUCUGGCAGCGGCCUCUUGAAUGGCGAAUCCGCCUCCGCAGACUGGACGUCCAACGAGGCCGGGUGGGCAGAAGUCGUCAAGCGAACUGACGAGCUGGUCUCCGUGCUGGAGAACUGGGGUCCCGACGUUGAGAGCAUUGGGCAGAAGUGGAAGGGUAAAGCGAGAAGUGCGGUGCGCAGCGUGAUGGGGCGGGCAAAGGCCAAUUGGGAAGACAGCGAGGGGUGGAAGACGCUGGAGAAUCUCAUGGAGGGGUUGAAAAUAGACAGGAGUUGA